CACCAAGCAUGCGAUGCGAAACCUAUCGCUUCUAUACAUUUGGCAGUCCUCCUUUGAGCGACAUGAACGCCAGACCUUCUUCUUGCCCUUUCUAUUCCUACCUUCUCUCUCCUUGGCUCACUUCUCAUGCCCCGGCCAACCCCCUCCUUAACUCCAUGAUAUUCAGGGCCGGGGUUCCUCUUCCUCCCAACAGGUACUCACUGCUGCUGCCUCUAGACUAGCUAGCAGCUGAGCCUGAAACAUUGUUUUGUACUUCGCAAGGAGCUGCUAGAUAGCCUAGGAAAUUCUGUGCCUUUCUCGAUCCAUCUGGUUCUGGUUGCAUGGGCGGCGGCGGCGGAGGCAGAGGCGGUGGUGGCGGUGGUGGCGCGGCGAGCGUGCGGGAGCCUCAUGACUUUGGCAACGUUGCAUCCUUCUCCGAGUUGCCAUUCCUGCGCUCCGGCGCUCCUCCACGAGAAAGCCCCAACUCUGGCAUUCGUCUCUUUGGCAUUGACGUCCCGCAUGCAUCACCUGAGGGAAGAAUUAAAGAAGCCACCGCUGCCAGCAGCGCGACCCCUUCUGCCACCACGCAGAGCAGCAGUGGAGCUGCCAUCACCGCUGCAAGCGCCGCCCCGGACAGCAACCGCAAGUUCGAGUGCCACUACUGCUGCAGGCAUUUCCCGACGUCACAGGCUCUCGGCGGCCACCAGAACGCGCACAAGCGCGAGCGGCAGCACGCGAAGCGGGUGCAGAUGCAGUCAGCGAUGGCCGCGGCAGCAGCGGCUGCUGGCAGUGCGCACCACCACCAUCUCCUUGGCUACCCGCAGCACCGCUUCGGUGCGACAUUGUACCCGUCGUGGACCAUGGUGAGUGGCGGUGUCUCCUAUGGCCAGCAGUUCUACAGAGGGAUCGGGUCGGUCGGUCAGCCGAUCAACAGGAACCCCCUGCCUGAGGCGCAGUGGAGGAGGCCGCUGGCUGCGCAUGCCAACAUGGGCAUGCCGUUGGCUGGAGAGCGGCAGCCGGUCACGCUGCACAUGUUUGGAGAAGAGCAGAGAGCUUCCCCUUCUCUUGGGGCGGCCUCCACCUCCUCUUCCUCUUUACUGCUCUCCCCGCAAGGUCAGUCUGCUUGCGAGCAGCCAGCCACCACCGCAGCACCCGAGGGUGUGAGCUUAGAUUUGCAUCUAUAAGUGCCUUCUCCGUUGUUUUUAGUAGAUUAUUAUUACUACAAGAACUGAUUUCCCAAUCUUUUUCUUUGGUUGAAACUACCCUUUUACUGCAUUCGGAUCGUACCUGGCUACCUGGCUGAUAUUACCUUUCUCCACUCGUGCCUCGUGAAACGUGAGAAAUAUGUCCGUCCAUCAAAGUUUCGAUCCUGCUAUUUGCAUGCACAUACAGAACAUUAUGGGUUGUAUGAUUAGGGUUUACCUUUUAGAUUUAUAACUUUCAUGCAGCAAGACAACUUUAUACUCAAUUGCAAAUUCUUUGAAACUCUUUCAGUUCAGUUAAGCUGAGUUAUACACUAAAACUGUAGGAUAUAUAACAUGUGAUUAAUUUUAGGAUUCAGAUACACAUAUUUAUUUCUUGCCAUUUAGAUAACAAACAGUAUAAAUUAUUAGGCAUAAAGAAGUGAUGAACAGCUUUUUUGUGUUCCUGAGUGACAAUAUAAAUUUG